GUACAGCUGAAGGGUCCCUAUUUGACCUGUCAGUGGAAUCUUAUCUGAUCAGGGACGUGCUCUAACGGCGGCGGCACGGCGGCAAAUUCCUAGACUGAAGAUUACAUCACGCUGCAUUCGGCGCGUGAACAUCAGUGCGAAAAGGCUCUUGCUCCGCUAGUGAAAGUGGGCGGCGCUCACCUUCCCACGAACAGCGAUCACCCAGGCACUCUGACAGGUGUUUGUUUAUCGCGCAGUGCCCCUGGAUCUUUCCUCGCUAACGCGCCGCCGAGCUCCUCCAAUGCGAUUCAAUAGCUGUCGGUAGCUAGUGUAGUGUUUGGGAGCUGUCGUGGAAUCUCUGCGGUCACCACCGCCAGCCGUUUACAGAGUGGGAGCAUCAUGUUCGCCCGUUGCAAAGGCCCAAUCUGGGGCGCGGACGACUUCUCGAGGUGCUUUGAGUUAGACUACCUCUCAACAUUGUUCCCCUUGUUCGUUUGCGGCGUGUCUGCCGUUUAUCUCCUAAUACAGCUAUACUUCGCUGCUACAGCAUCGCGGUACUAUCACGCAUACUCCGUACUCGAAGACCCACGAAACGUCUGGUCAUUCCGAAGUCCCAACUACGAUGGCGAUACGGCCGACACCGACUCCGAAGAUGAGUUCGACCGCAACGAGCAGAGCGCGCUGCUCCAACAGACCAUCAGUCGCCAGACCAUGUCCACAACCGCCGUGACGAAACCGCGUGGCGAAGUCACAAUUGUGGUGCUGGAAGAGGCCGCCGUCCUCGCACAGCUUGCCGUUCACGUCGCUGUCUUCUUCACUGGCGCUUGGGGCCGACACGGCAGGAUCGCCGCAAUUGCCAACAUUACCGUCUGGUCGUAUAUUGCCACGCUCGCCUCGCUGCGCCUGCUGUUUUCGAGUACAAGCAAGUGGUCCUUCCCGAAGCUCUGGUAUCACACUGCAUUCAUUUACGGCUUCCAAUGGGUUUUCUCCACUUUGCUCAUCCGGUCCGCAAUCAUUCACCCUCGAUCCGAUGUACAACAAAAGCUCGCCAUCGCCGACUUCGUCCUCGUUUCGCUGCUAUUUACCAUCUCCUUGUCAACGCGCAAGGGCAACAAGGCUGUGGAACUGGAGUAUGAGGGUGAUAUUCUCCCUGCUAGGGAACCGAUAGCCAGCGUUUUCUCGCUUGCGACGUUUAGCUGGGUGGACUCAAUUGUAUGGACCGGAUACAAGAAGACGUACGAGCUCUCGGAUGUCUGGAAUCUUGCGCCGAAGGACAAAGCAGCGGCUGUCAUCUCGAACUAUCGCCAGGUCAAGCGCACGUCGCAAUUGGCCUAUCAUCUUCUAGGCUACUUCAAGCGUGGUCUCCUCAUCCAAGCUGGCUGGGCUGCAAUCUCUGGAUUCCUCACAUUCGCUCCCACGUUACUUUUGAAAGCUAUCCUGGAAUACGUCGAGGCGCCAGGGCUUACUCCGCAGAACGCAGCGUGGUUCUACGUUCUACUUCUCUUCGUAUCCGGCUGUCUAUCCGCGCUCGCUGAUGGGCAGGCACUAUGGAUUGGUCGCAAGAUCUGCAUUCGCCUGCGUGCAAUCAUUAUCGGAGAAAUUUAUGCCAAGGCGCUGAAGCGUAGGGCCGCUGCUACCACUGACAAGGUCUUGGGCGAGGAAAAGAAGAAGUCAACCGAAGAAGACGGUGGCAACAAGAAUGGUACGAUCAAAAGGAUGAUGACAUGGGGCAGGAAGAAGAAGAAGACCCCGACAGAGGGGCCCAAGCAGAACCAGGAAGACAACACGAAGCCAGAGUCUGAUGCGCAAGUCACUACCGGAGCCAUUAUCAACCUCAUGGCUGUUGAUGCCUUUAAGGUUAGCGAGAUCUGCGCCUACCUGCACUUCCUGUGGGCCAAUACUCCAGUUCAAGUCGUCGUUGCAAUUGUCCUGCUGUACCGCAUCCUCGGCUACAGCAGUAUUGCUGGCAUCGGCAUGAUGUUCAUCCUACUCCCGAUCAACAUGUACGUUGCGAGCCAGUUCUCCAAGAUCCAGAAACUCAUCUUGGCGGCUACCGACGCCCGCAUUCACACCACGAAUGAAGUUCUUACCAAUAUCCGUAUCAUCAAAUACUUUGCUUGGGAGCAGCGUUUCAUUGGUCUUGUCAAUGAGAAACGUUAUAUUGAGUUGAAGCAUCUCCGCCGGCGAUACGUUCUAUGGGCGAUAGCAGCGACCAUCUGGUCAGGGUCACCGGUCUUCAUCACAUUCCUCUCUUUCUUUGUCUACACAAACGUCGAACACAAGGCACUCAUCCCGUCUGUCGCAUUCACAGCACUGUCACUUUUCCAGAUCCUUAGAAUUCCAUUGGACCAGCUGGCCGAUAUGGUCGCCCACGUUCAAGAGUCGCGGGUAUCGGUCGACCGCAUUGAAGAGUACUUGAACGAACCAGAGACCGAGAAGUAUUCUCAACUGACAACCAAGGAGAAGGAUGAAGAAGGGCAAUCGAUCAUUGGAUUCAACAAGGGCACUUUCAGCUGGGGUGGCAAAGAUAUGAAGGAUCAAGCUGCCGCUGAUGCAUUCAAGCUGAUGGAUAUUGACAUCAAGUUCAAGGUUGGACAGCUCAACGUGAUAGUCGGACCCACAGGAUCUGGCAAAACAUCUCUGCUUAUGGCUCUGCUCGGUGAAAUGACAAAGCUGAGAGGAGAUGUCUACCUGCCCGGAGGUGUCAGCCGUGAAGAUCUCCGCCCCGAUCCCGAGACAGGAUUGCUCGAGAGCGUUGCCUACUGCGCACAACAGGCUUGGCUGGUCAACGGUACAGUCAAAGACAACAUUGUAUUCGCAGGUGACUGGGACUCGGAACGAUAUGAAGAGGUCAUUCUGGCCUGCUCUUUGAAGCGCGAUCUCGAGAUCCUGGACGGUGGCGACGAGACUAUUGUUGGUGAGAAGGGUGUGACUCUCUCAGGCGGCCAGAAGCAGCGUAUCUCUCUCGCCCGUGCAAUGUACAGCAAAGCACGCCACGUGCUUUUAGACGAUGUUCUCAGCGCUGUCGACUCGCAUACUGCCAAGUGGAUCUUCGACUACGCCCUCAACGGUCAGCUCAUGCUCAAUCGCACAUGCAUCCUCGUUACGCACAAUGUCAGCUUGUGCCUCCCUUACGCCGAGUUCGCUGUAGUGCUCGAGAAUGGUCGAGUUGUAACCCAAGGAUCUGCGGAUGAUGUUAUCGACUCCGGAAAACUCACAGAAGAAGUCGCUAAAUCUACGCCAGCAUCUCGCGGUGCUUCCAAGCCACCUUCUCGCGUACCUUCCGAUGUCGGCGGAGAAGAGGCGGAGGGCGAGAUCAGCCACACUAAUGGUGCUGCGAAUGGCAAAAAGGAUGGCAAAGACACUAAGAAGGGAGCCAGCAACGGCAUGGAGGAGACCAAGGCGGAAGGUGGUGUGAAGCUCAGCAUCAUCUUGAUGUACCUAAAGGCUAUGGGUCCAUGGUACUACUGGGUUGGUGCUUCCAUCGCUUUCGUGUCGCAGCAGAUCUCGUCUGUUUCAACAAACGUCUGGAUUCGAACAUGGGCGAACGCGUACGCCGAUAAGGGCUACUCAACUAUGGGCCAUCACAACCGCUCACCUAUCACACACGCACCUACGAUGUUUGGUUCUGGCACUUGCCUGAACAGCGGUACUUGCAGUUGGAACAUUCCGUUCACCGGUCAGCCUGAGGAGAAGUCUUACACCUACGGCUCGACCAUGCAAACAACGUUCGGGAGCUCAGAUGAUUCUGGGGUUGACUCGACCUACUUCCUUGUCAUUUACGCUAUCCUCGGCCUGAUCUUCAUGUUCAUCACCUUCCUUCGAGAGGGCUUCCUUUUUGGUGGCUCGCUCGCUGCGUCUCGCCGUGUUCACGAGCGACUCAUUCAGAAGGUCACACAUGCCAAGUUCCGAUUCUUCGAUCAGACACCGCUCGGACAGCUUAUGAACAGGUUUUCCAAGGACAUCGAAUCUGUCGAUCAAGAGGUCGCGCCAGUCGCCAUUGGCGUUGUUCAUUGCCUGGCCUCAAUCAUUACCAUCGUUAUCCUCAUCUCGGUUAUUACACCUGCGUUCCUUAUCGCAGGUGUGUUCAUUUCCGUGCUGUACUUCCUCAUUGGACGUUUCUACAUCAACUCUUCUCGCGAUCUCAAGCGUUUGGAAUCUGUGCACCGCAGCCCUCUGUACCAGCAAUUCGGCGAGACUCUUUCCGGUAUGACCACAAUCCGAGCCUAUGGAGACGAGCGCCGCUUCAUCCGCGAGAACCUCGCCAAGAUCAACACCCAACAUCGACCCUUCAUUUACCUCUGGGCUGCUAACAGAUGGCUUGCUUUCCGGGUCGAUGUCGUUGGUGCCCUGGUGUCUUUCUUCGCAGGUACUUUCGUGGUUUUGAGUGUUGGAAAGAUCGACGCAGGUGCAGCUGGUCUCGCGCUUACUUACGCUGUUACUUUUACAGAGAACGUACUCUGGUUUGUGCGCCUCUACUCGGCCAAUGAGCAGAACAUGAACUCGGUCGAGCGUGUCAAGGAAUACUUGGACGUGGACCAGGAAGCGCCUGCUGUCAUUCCAGAGACACGCCCUCCUUCCAACUGGCCAAGCAAGGGUUCUGUGGAGUUUAUUAAUUACAGUACACGAUACAGGCCCGACUUCGAUCCUGUUCUCAAAAAUGUCAACUUCAAGAUUCUCCCAGGCGAGAAGGUCGGUGUCGUUGGCAGGACGGGCGCAGGCAAGAGCUCCUUGGCACUUGCUUUAUUCCGUGCCUUGGAGGCCGAGAAGGGCAAGGUUCUUAUCGACGAUGUUGAUGUGGGCUUGAUCGGUCUUCAGGACCUGCGUGAAAACAUCGUCAUGGUGCCUCAAGACCCAACGCUGUUCAGCGGCACCAUCCGCAGCAACCUCGAUCCGUUUUCCGUGUUCACUGAUGAGGAGAUCUUUACUUCACUUCGCGAAGUCCACCUGAUCACCACCGCCUCGGCAGCUACAUCAGGCACUGGGACUCCUAAUGGAGCUACCACACCCCCCAACGCUAUCGAGAUCCCCAAGCCUACAAGUGGCGCCGUUGUCGCCGACGUCAACGCGAGCUACACGGGCUCCUCCACUGUCAACCCCGGCUCCAUCCUUGCGAACCGCGAAUGGUCACACGGCGAGACAGGCGAAGACACUAUCGUUGUCAUGCCCAACGGCCAGGUCGUGGACGCAGACAUACCAGAUGCCGAAACCCUGCAAGCAGACAACAAGAAUCCCUUCCGCAACCUCAACUCUCCUGUCAGCGAGUCCGGAUCCAAUCUCUCGCAGGGUCAGCGUCAACUCCUAUGCCUUGCACGCGCUCUCCUCAAAGCACCAAAGGUCUUGCUCAUGGACGAAGCCACCGCAUCCAUCGACUACGCCACAGACAGCAAGAUUCAAGAAACAAUCCGUCUGAUCAAAAACACAACGAUCACCAUCGCGCAUCGUCUGCAGACCAUCAUCGACUAUGAUAAGGUCCUGCUGCUCGACAAGGGCGAAGUCAUCGAGUUCGGUGAUCCUCAUACGCUUAUCACAAAGGAGGGCGGCAGUUUCAGGAGCAUGUGCGAGACGUCAGGCGAGCUGGAGAAUCUCACUAAGACUGCCAAGGAGGCACAGGAUGCUAAGAAGGCUGCGGCGUCCACAUCAUAGAGUGUGUAGAGGUGCACGUGCUAAGAUUCAGGAUUACAUAGGUGAAAGGGGAAGCAUGCGUGGGCGUACUGAGUAUUUUUCGUUUUGUUUUGGAUUGCCUGGGGUAGUUUGCGAGG